AUGUUCAUCAUUAUCAUGUUUUUCAUCAUUGCCUGCAUGAUGAACCUCUCUAUCAGCAGACCUUCUCUCGACAAUGAGGAUAACCGCUUUCCAGUGGAGAACGAGUCAGAAGAAGUUCGUCUGGCUGCUAUUAAACGACUUUUGGAGGUGUUUGGGAUGGAAGACCCUCCAGCUUCUGUGGUUAGAAACCACAAGCAGCCGCCUCAGUACAUGUUAGACCUUUAUAACACAGUGGCGGAUGUGGACGGUGUGACCAAAGACCCGACUUUACUAGAGGGAAACACAGUCCGCAGCUUUUUCGAUAAAUUGCACAGUGAGCAAAUUGCAUUCGUGUUCAACCUGUCCACAGUAGCCAGAAGUGAAAAAGUGCUCACAGCCGAGCUACACCUGUUCAAACUGAGAUCUCAAGCAUCCCUGACAUUCAGCAGACAUCAUUUCUGCCAGGUCAGUAUCUAUCAGGUUCUUGAUACCGCCAAAAUGAAUAUUUCACAAGGAAGGAGGCUGGUCUCUUCACGACUUAUUCCCAUACAAUCCACUGGCUGGGAGGUUUUUACCAUUACACAAGCGGUCCGCUCCUGGAUUUCGGGUGAGCAUAGUAAUCUGGGUCUCCUGGUAACAGUGCGGACUCUGGCAGGCAUUCAGACGGAUCUGAGGACUGUUCGCUUUGCCUCUGGACAGAACCACCACCACAGCAAACAGCCCAUGCUGGUCCUCUUUACUGAUGAUGGCAGACGUACCACUUCUUUGGAGGGACCCCUCAAAGGUUCUGAUGAUACUAUAGCUGGUCCCAGACUCCCUCUACCCAACCUUACACUGCCAGCGGCCAAGCAUCGCGUUGCCCGAUCUCUCGACUAUGAGGACGACAGAGAAAGGACGCCAUGCCAGCGUCUGCCACUCUACGUAGACUUCGAGGAGAUUGGCUGGUCUGGGUGGAUCGUGUCUCCUCGAGGCUACAACGCCUACCACUGCAAAGGCUCCUGCCCCUUUCCUCUGGGCCAGAACAUGAGAGCUACGAACCAUGCCACCGUGCAGUCUAUUAUCAAUGCGCUCAAGCUUACCAAAGGCAUAGAGACUCCGUGCUGUGUGCCUGACAAACUCUUCUCCAUCAACCUUCUGUACUUCGAUGAUGAUGAAAAUGUCGUGUUAAAGCAGUAUGAUGACAUGGUGGCAGGAAGCUGUGGUUGCCACUGAGAUCCUUAAGUUAAGCUGUAUAUAUUGUGUAUGAAUGUGUGAAUACCAAUUCUAGUACAUGUACAUAAGGUGGCUACACAUCUAACUGUAAUAGCACUGCAAAAUAGUGUUUAGUAGCAUAUAUCCAAAAAAUCUGGACCAGAACUAAGCAAAAAUGAUGGACUGCAGAGAUGAGUUACAUGGUCCUUCUUACAGCUUUGUAAAAUAUGUAAAUAGAUAAAUUCUAAUAUAUAGAGGAGUUCGAGUGGGUCGCUUGUGAAAGCAAUUUGUAUAUUGCAUGUUGUGAACUAUUAUAAA